AUGGCAGAUGCCUUUGGACGUGUAUUUCCUGGUAAAGUGUGUACUGAUAUGAAGACUCGUAUUAUGGGACCGAACUUCCAACCCGGAAAGAUGGAGAAUUUGUAUGAGAAAGCUAUUCAACGUACUAUCUUGAUGAUGGGUCGUUACGUUGAGGCCAUUGAAGAUGUACCUUCUAGUAACAUUUGUGGACCUGUCGGUGUGGAUCAAUUCUUGGUCAAAACUGGUAUCAUUACUACGUUUAAGGAUGCACAUAAUAUAAAAGUUAUGAAAUUCUCGGUUUCUCUUGUUGUACGUGUAGCAGUUAAACCCAAGAAUCAUGCAGAUUUGCCAAAAUUGGUUAAAGGUUUUAAACGUCUUGCUAAUUCGGAUCCUAUGGUACAAUGUAUCAUCGAAGAAUCUGGAGAGCACAUUAUUGCUGGUGCUGGUGAACUUCACCUUGAAAUCUGUUUGAAAGAUCUUGAAGAAGAUCACGCCUGUAUAUUAAUUAAAAAGUCUGAUCCUGUCGUAUCAUACAGAGAAACUAUUGCGGAACAAUCUAAUCAGAUGUGUUUGUCGAAAUCACCGAAUAAACAUAACCGUCUUUUUAUGAUGGCUUGUCCAAGGCAUGAUGGUAAUGCCGAAGAUAUUGACAAUGGUGAAAUUUUGCUUAAGAAGAGGAAGUCUUCAAUAGAGUUGAUGCUUUACGAAGCAAUCAAUAAUGGACUCUUUCGUGCUUCUCCUUUAAGGGGGAAGGUAUCACGUCCUAGUGACGACUCUGAAUGGCAAGGCGUACUAUCCAAUCAAAAACCCGUAUCACACCAGAAUCCUGCGACCGUUCAAUCGACAAAAUUCGUUCCAAGAGACGAGUUACAAUUUCUUCAGAG